GUUUCUGAGCUAUAGACGUUGCCAAUUUUCACUCUGACUUCGCUAGUCGAAGGUCUCAUUUUCGGAUAAAUUCUCCCUUUCGACGCAAAGAUGAGUGGUGGAGUUUAUGGUGGAGAUGAGGUUGGAGCCUUGGUGUUCGAUGUUGGCUCUUACUCUGUUAGGGGCGGAUACGCAGGGGAAGACUCACCAAAGGCUGAAUUCCCAACCACCAUCGGGUCAGUCGAUUGCAAAGAUGAGGAAUCCAUGGACAUCGACGGUCAGACGCAACCGAUCAUCAAAGAUGGCGCCACCAAGAAGCGUCACGUAGUCGACACGCCUUAUCUCACGUUCGUUCGCGAAGGCAUGGAGCUCGGUACACCACUCAAAGAUGGCAUGGUUGAAGAUUGGGACAUGUUUCAAGCUGUCUUAGACCAUGCCUAUAAGAAGUACAUCAAAUCUGAUCCCUGUCUACAUCCUGUGCUCAUGUCUGAACCCGCGUGGAAUAUUCGUCAGAAGAGAGAGAAGCUUACAGAGCUUAUGUUUGAGCAGUACAACAUUCCCGCGCUCUUUUUAUGUAAGAGCCCUGUUCUCUCCGCCUUUGCCAAUGGGAGAGCGACAGGCUUAGUAAUAGACAGUGGAGCAACUCACACCACAGCAGUGCCUGUAUAUGAAGGCUAUGUCAACCAAUCAGCUAUUGUUAAAAGUCCGCUUGGAGGGGACUUCAUAAGCAUGCAAUGUAAAGAGUUCUUUGAUGAGGAGAAGAUAGAUGUGGUCCCUGCUUACAGGAUAGCAUCAAAGGAAUCUGUCAAAGAGGGCGCCCCACCAAACUUCAAGGAGAAAGAACUGCCCAAUGUAACGAGAUCGUGGAAGAGUUACAUGGACAGGCUUCUGAUACAGGACUUCCAGGCCGCUACUCUCCAGGUGAUGGAUUCGCCGUAUGAUGAGGAGACCGCAGAACAGAUGCCGGCAGAAGUCUACGAAUUCCCCAACGGAUACAACAGAGAGUUUGGUGCCGAGAGAUACCGCAUUCCAGAAAAGCUCUUUGACACAUCCCUCGUCAAGGGUGCUGAUGGUAAUAGUAUGCUAAGUAUGAGCCACGUCGUAACCACUAGCGUGGGACUAUGUGAUGUCGAUAUCAGAGGGGCUCUCUUCAGCAAUGUUAUUGUGACAGGAGGUAAUAGUUUAUUACGAGGCUUCACCGACAGACUGCAUAGGGAUCUACAGAGCAAAAUACCAGCUAAUAUGAAACUAAAGUUGAUCUACUCCAGCACCAGUUCAUCAGAGAAGAGAUUCAGUUCAACAGAGAGGAGAUUCAGCUCUUGGAUAGGUGGCUCUAUACUGGCAUCACUGGGUACAUUCCAACAGAUGUGGAUAUCGAAGCAGGAAUAUGAAGAACAAGGGAAGUCGGUUGUCGACAAGAAAUGCCCAUGAGAGUGACCAAUCCCCUACGACCCCAUUAGGAUGGACAUAAAAUACUUGGGAUACAAUUUGGAAUUUCAUGACAGCGAUUUCAUGCAUUUCGUCAUGCAUGCUCGCAAGUUGCACCAAGGUGUGUCAUCAAUCCUUCAUGUUAAUUUUAAGAGAUUGGUCAAUAGCAGUGUACUCAAUGCCGCGCAUUAAUCAGUGCCUUUCUUUCAAACUGAUUUAAACCGCAUUUAAGUACAACAGUUUUCCUGAAUUUUUUUACUUUUUUUUACCUUUAUUCUUUCCUACACAUGGAAUUCAUCAUUCUAAGCCAAAAGAUUGUAGGCGUAAUUUUUAUAACAAAUCACAGGUGACAGGUGAGACCUUGGAGCUCUGGUUAAUUAAAGUCAAAUUAGGGUUAUUUUAUGCCUUUGAAUCAGACAAUCUGUAGUUCGACUAUAUAUUUACAUCAUUUAUUUCCACAAUAAGAUAAACAAAUAAACUUAUGAUGAGCUACAAUGGAAGUUCACCCUGAAGAAAUAGCAGAAAAAUGAUGACAAAU